AUGACAAGAUUUUCUUUUCUUUUUUCCGUCAAAACAGUUUUUUUUUUCAUAUUCUUUUCAAUUUUGUCUGCUCUUUCUUUACCCACAUAUUUUUUCUCUUUGCUCAUAUUGCUUUUUUUCUUUUUUUAUUACAGUCUCAUUUAUUCUAUUUUUUUCCUUUUUAGUUUUUCUUUUUUACACUUUGUUCUUUUCAAACACUCUCUCCUUCUUUUUUUUCCUUUUUUCCUUUUUCUUUUUUUAAACAAUAUCUUUCUUUUAUUACCCAGAAUUGCAACCAUUUUUCCCUUUUACAUAAUUUUCUUUUCUUUCUUUCUUUCUUUCUUUCUUUCUUUCUUUCUUUCUUUCUUUCUUCUCACAGUCAUGGAUUCUUUUGUGAACCUUAGCGUAUUUCUCUCAUUUCUAUUAUUUCUCUCUUUUCUAUCACGUUCUCUCUCUCUCCCUUCUUUCUUUCUUUCUUUCUUUCUUUCUUUCUUUCUUUCUUUCUUUCUUCGGUCAUUUGAGGUGAUCUAUCUAUCUAUCUAUCUAUCUAUCUAUCUAUCAGUGAUCUAUCUAUCUAUCUAUCUAUCUAUCUAUCUAUCUAUCUAUCUAUCUAUCUAUCUAUCUAUCUGUUUUCAUCGUUGGUGUCACGUGUUCACGGACGCAAUUUUCCAUUCGCUCAUGCGCACAAAGACUGAGCGUUUUGAAUUAGACUUCCAAUCUAUCUAUCUAUCUAUCUAUCUAUCUAUCUAUCUAUCUAUCUAUCUAUCUAUCCCAGUCUUUUCAAUAUCUCUCUCCCUGUGCCUCAGUCUCUUAAUCUAUCUAUCUAUCUAUCUAUCUAUCUAUCUAUCUAUCUAUCUAUCUAUCCUUUCCCUCUCUAAUGUGAAUAUUGUGGUUUCCGUUUUGUUUACAAAAGGACGUUUUCUUUUUUCUUUUUUCUUUUUGCCGUGCUCAUGA